AAAAACUAAAAACACUGGAUUAAAGAUGGACUAGUUUUUCUGGAAUAAAAUCAAGACUUGACUCAACAUCGACGUCUUCCAAAACAUAAUGGAUAGUCUGGAUGAACUGGAACACCCACUCUUGGCCGACAGUCCCACACAAUCAACAGGCAACGGCCUUAUCAAUCCCACCAUCGUCAGAUAUGAAGAGUCAAAAAGACCCCCCUGUACAGCGUGGAGGAAACAUCCUGCAUCUACAGAUGUCCAUCAUCAGCAGCUGCUGGAUCCAUGUUCGUUACCCAGCACUCUGGAGUCAUUCUACGCCCCUCCUGCUUCCAUCUGGGGCCCUGGAGAGUCACUAGGCAUUCACAGCAAGGAGUAUCUGGAAACAACAUUCAUGGAUAUUGGACCUGGGUCUCCUCUGGAGAGGAAGCUGAUGGCAGUAAGCAGAGAUGUUCACACCGUGUCCUACAGCAUGGAGGAUGAGGACGACCUUCUGCCAGACUUUGAGGACUCCUCCAGUGACGACUUCACUGAUACGGAGAGCGAAAACAACUUCCCACUAAUGAUCCCACAGGAUCACCUUGGCCUGGCCUUCUUCUCCAUGCUCUGCUGCUUCUGGCCCCUCGGCAUCGCAGCCUUCUAUCUGUCUCAAAAAACCAACAAAGCAUGGGCGCAGGGCGACUUCCAGGCAGCGAACAGGGCAUCUCGACACACUCUGUGGCUCUCCAUCAUCUCCAUCAUCUUUGGCAUCGUCACCUACAUCUGCGCCGUCACCGCUCUCAUCAACUACCUGUCUGGGAAACCACCGUAAAGCACGCUGAGUGCUCUCCCCUUUUAAAGACCUGUACUCCUCCUGAUGACAAACUAGUCCUGCCCAUGCACUCACACAUCUGUACCAUGUAACAGCUGGUAUUUAUCUGAAAUAAGCCAUGCUUUAUCUUUUCAUUACUCUUACUAGAUCUAAAGCAUCUGGACCAUAAAGAGACAAAAAGAAAUGAACCUCUGGACAAAUAUGGCACGGCUGAGGAAAACACACUGGCACUCUAGGUUUCGCUGGGGUUUUGCUACAUUGCACCAGUGGCACAAUGCCACUCUGCAGAAACAGCUUGCAUGGGUAAAAGCAGUCAUUAAUCUCAAAUCAUUUCAUCAUCCUAAGGGUUCGUUUGAAAGACUUCACAAGGACAACAAGUACAGAUACAUAUUUUGGAACUUAUUAUGCAUCAGAAGGUCCCGUACCACCCUCUUCUUAAUAACACUGGCACUGUUUUAAAAUGUCAUGGAUUUACGAUGCGCCAGCUCAAUCACUGAACGAGAAUUUGUCAACCUAAUGUUUAUCCACUGUAUCUAUAGCAGACAUCGAUUACUACAGACAUGUCUAGACAUGUUUCCCUUUACUGUACUUAUAAUAAAAGACUAAGGGCAAGUGUAAUUAAAAGCAUAUAUCCACCAAAAGAUGCCUUUGAGCAUUAAACACAGUUUUGCGGAAUAAUGAUUCUAAUACAGUAGACCCUUGACUUACGAAUUUAAUUGGUUCCGAAGGGCUGUUCUUAAGUCAAAAUGUUCGUUAGUUAAACAUAUUUUUCCCAUAAGAAAUAAUGUAAAUAUAAUUAAUUCGUGCCAGACCUCCCAAACCACCCUCUUACCUAACCUCUCUAAUGUCUUAAAUGUUUUUUUUGUUAUUAAUACAAGUAUAUUUUCCCUUAAAUCUUAAAUGAUAGAAUAGACAUUCCUGUAAUAAACAAUAAUAAACAACAAUACACAGUAGUACUGUACAUAAAAAACACACACCACAUUUCAGUACAGUCCAUAAUAAUAAUAAUAAUAAUACACCAUAAUACAUUUCCUUCAUUUUUUAUAAAAUUUAUCUACCAGAAACAACAAUAACUCUCAUAUUUCUCUAUUAUUUCCUUCUUUAUUUUAAUAGUGUUGUAUUUUGUAGGUGCAAUUGCACGAAAAAAGAAUACUUUACUCAGCUGACUUCCUUCUUCACUCACUGUCCCCUCUGUCUGAUACACAGUGACACCUACUGGCAGGAAUAAUUAUACAACACAAUGCUUUCUCUGCAGCUUCUUUUUGGCCAUUUUAAUAUAGAAUUUUACGAAAUAUACAGAAAACACUGAAAAAAACACAGUCCACCGUCCGAAUGUUCGCUCACUGUAUAUAUAUAUAUAUAUAUAUAUAUAGAGAGAGAGAGAGAGAGAGAUGGUCGGAGUCAACUCUUUCGAAAUUUGUUCGUACGUUAAGUUAAAAAAGAUCGUUCGUAACCCGAAAUGUUCGUAUGGUAAACCGUUCGUAACUCAAGGGUCUACUGUACAUCAUUUUAAUAAUUUACUUUAAUAAUUUAUUUUCAUUCAUUGAUUCAUCUUGGUCUGGGUUUAAAGCUUGCCUCUGAUUAAUAAAGUAAAAAAAUGAAGUUA